GGUGUCUCAACCUCCUCAAUAGAAUGGGCGCCUGUCCAAUAACAAACCCAUUGUGUAUCAUGGGAGAAUUUCAACCAAUCCCAUAUCGUACCCUUUUAGUGCGUAAAGACCCUCUUCACAGAUACCUGACAGAUGCUGUACCGUGGUGACGUUCCCAGGGUCUGAGAAGUGCUUUGGUUCUGAUCGCUCACUUAGUAUGAGGGAGAUACCCUUUCCUAGGAUUCUGAAUUGCUCUUCAAGGAAACACGUCAACCACUAAUUGCGAUACUCAAACGAUUCCUACAUCAUAGGGCGAUGAUCAGAUUACUCGCGCGCGCGUUUCCCUCCACAUAACGCCAGUCAGGCAGCCGUCACAAGCGUGUAAACGAACUGCCACUGCAGAGCAAAUGCUCCACGAUGUCACAUUUGCAUAGAAGCUCGAAGCGGUAUGUGCCCAGUGCUCUCAGCCGUAACCAAGAUCUAUUUCCAUUUGAAGAAAGCCGAUUUCCUCGAGAAAAACUUGAUGGCACUGUCAAAGUACCGGAUUUUCAUUCUCCUUUCGUAUCAGAUGCGGAGGCUGUGGAUCUUGAUCAAAGGACUAUCCACAAGUUUGCAGAUAUCCCCAGGUUCACGACCAUCAUAACGCAGAAAACCCAAUUGUCGUAGGUUUCACGAGAGUCAUACUUCUGGGCUUUCACGGCCUGUUCCACUCAUACGAACGAGUAUGCGAUGAUUCACACUGGUCCACCGACACGCAUUGGGGCGGUAUCCUUCGAAGCGUUCGAACAACGCGCCGCAACGACCUGUCGCAGCCUAUGGGGCCAAGCUUGAACUGAUCCGAUCACACGUCUGCAACUCUUGCUGCAGAAAGUAUAAAAGACCUCAACUUCUGCAGAUGGUCCCUCAGCAGCGCUCUCUUCAACCACCAACGGUACUGGUUACCACUUGAGUCAUUCGUAUUCUUGCACUCUUUUCGCAGUCAUCGGCCUUUCAUCCUCUCGUCAAACGAAGUUUUCCACCACAUCAGACUGUCCCUGCGUCAUGCGUUGCCUUGUCAUUUUCGCCCUUGGCAUCGCGGCUGCAGUGUCUGCGCUGCCGAUACAAAGUGGCUCACAGGCCAGAUCCGAGGACGUCACUACUUUGAGUCAUAAUACUCCAAUAACGGAGCGUCGAGGGAACCAUGAAGGCGACGACAAGCCAGCCGAGCUUUUUCACUUCCCUGACAUUGGAAAUCCGAUUGCGCCUUUCGUCAAUGGCUUUGAUGGUGAUACUGUAGACAUUCCUGGCGUCUUCCUAAAGCCCUAAAGUUCACUGAGCGCUCAAGCCGUCCGGAGAGAGCCUUGCGGUUUACUGUACAUUGCAUGAAUUCAUGGACUUGCAGCAUAUGUACAUCUCGCCCCCAACUUACCCUAGCCUCGGGAAUGGCUCGAAUACGAGGCACCGUUCAUUCAUCGAUCCAAAUCAACACUCACCACGCACUAGAAUCUUC